AUGGAUGGAAUGCCAAGUCAAAAUAAUGUACAACAACUGGUACAUAAAUCUUAUGUGCAGGCUGCGCUGCGGCGAAGGCAACAUGAGAAAUAUCUCUCUCAACUCUCUAGCCCUUUUGUGAAAAGAGAAGAAAUUGCCAUUCAAAUCCCAAAAGAAGAGUAUGCAGCCGGGAUUGCGGUGUGCAAGAACCACCUUCAUGACAAAAUUAUCUUGGCCAAAG